CGAGUGAUAAAAUUAUUUCACAAAUGCGCGCAAGUUGUUUGAUUAUGCUGUUAAAGGCUUUUAAUUUAGAUAUUUAGAACCCGGAUUAAGUUACAAAGCUGUUUCAGUGUAUAUGGCUUAUCAAGCUACAUGUUGAUUCUGUUUUGAGGCAGUUGAGGCAGUAAACAUUCAACAAAAUGGAGGUGCAGUUUGGUCCAAAUGCUCAUGAUGAACCGAAUCUGCUGUAUAAAUUACAACGUAAAAUCAAGGUAUUUGAUACAAGUGACGCACUGCCGAAUAGGGGGUAUAAUCUAGUGGCCAGUGCUAGUAAAUAUGGGGCUGUCUUUGUUGGUACACCGGAUGGAAAACUGGCAGUAUACUAUCUCAAGGAACUGGUAGACAAGGAGUGUGAACCGAACCACCUUCCGGUGCAACUGCAGGAGAAGCCGACACACAUAGCUGUCAACAGCGAUCAUGAGCUCCUGGCUGUUACGGGAGGACGGCUGUUUGUGCUCUUCAAAGUUGUGGAUUUGCUUAACCAGAAUGUGUCGCCAUCAAUGUCUGUGCAGUUUGACGUAAGCCCGACCACAUUUGUGUCAGACGUGAAAUGGAACCCGUGCAUUCCUGACACUAUUGCUUAUGCUUUCUAUGAUGGCGCACUUAUCAUAUGCCAGGCAGGGCAAGGACAGGUUAAGAAGUUGCAGUCUAGUGCAAGAUGUCUCUGCUGGAGUCCUAAAGGCAAGCAGCUAGUAGUCGGCAACAGUGACGGCACAAUCUGCCAGUACAAGCCAGAUUUAUCAUUAAUGAAAUCAUUCCCUGCACCGAAUCUGUUUCAAAAUGCACCCGUGGAAGUGUUGGCUAUAUAUUGGAUAUCGACGUUCCAGUUCGCUGUGGUGUAUAAAAAUGCGACGGAUAAUAGUAAACCGGCUGUAACAAUCGUGAACACACCUAAAGGCGGGCAGCCAUCAUGUCUGAACUACGAAGAUGUAUGCUACAGUAUGGGCUCCAAUCGCCCGUGGUAUUACUAUCUCCAGGGGCUUGCUCAAUGGAAUGUGAUUUUAUGUUCGUCAUCAAACAGCAUGGAAAUUGCCACGCUUGGGACUGCGGAUGGUUCCAGUUGGCUUCAAUGGUGUCAGUCAGAUGAGGCCAGGCCUGAGUUACCGCUUACAGACAAGAAGCAAGAAAAUUAUCCAAUAGGAAUUACUAUUGACACAGCCGCCAUUCACCAGCUGCCUUGGGGUGAGAAUGAGAAUCUCCCCUUCAUGCCAACGCUACACGUACUGUCACAGACGGGAUUGCUGACCGUAUUCAACGUCAUCAAUCUGAACAAGGAAGCUCCUCAGAUCUGCUCGCCGGUUACUAUUGUCAGUACCACACCAUUCCCUGCACAAGCGCAGCCCGUUGCUCCACCCCCAAUAGCCGUUCCGCAGCCUAAACCCGUACAGCCUGCAAUGCCGCAACCGACGCCGGCGGCCGCGCCUAUUCCGUUCGGCGUGUCGGCCGCUCCGUUGUUUGGUGCCGUACCAAGUCUCCAGCCACAACCAUUGCCGCAACAAACGCCUGUAGUGCAGCCACCAAAACCAGUAGAAGUCCAAGCGCCGCUAGCCCCCGUGCAGGUCCAACCAAAACCAGCGCCAAUCCCCCAAAAAGAUCCCACUCCAGAAAUAAACGCAGCCCUAAAGGCCGAGCAAGAACUAGCCAAUAAACAGAAGGCAGACCAGGAAUUCAAGAACAUGCUCAUCAGGGAGGCCAACGAGUUUCAGACCGAGCUGUACGAGUUCGUUAAGAAGACGAGGCAGGCACAGAUUCAGUUCUACCGCGACCUCCAUGCGAUAGACACAAACGCAGACCUCCAAAACUUAGACGCCGGAACCCUGAAGAAAGAGUGCUCCGUUGAGGACCUGCGCAGCGCCAUUAUCGCGCUGAAGUUGGACCUAGUCCGCUCAUGCGCGGUGGUCGCUGAAGCUAGAACGCAAUCCGACUCAAAAGACUUGGACCAGUGGACCCAAGCGGACCCUCUAACCACGAAGCGAGUGGCGUCUGUCAAAAAACUCGCCUACUACGUGCAAAACCAGCUCGAACAAGCGCACAGCUCGCUCACCUACAAGUGGAAUCAGCUCGCUGAGCAAGAAUUGAAAUCCAAUAAACCAGGCCCCCGCAUGAUCCGACCAAUCAUGGACGACGUGUACCAACCUCUAGUGAAGCAACAGGAAAUACUCAGUCGGCAAGAAGCAGUGCUCAAGAUGCUCAGAAACACGCUCAACGAAUGCGACGGCCCGGUGUACAAAUCUACGUUAAGGAGCACGCCUUUUAAAAAUAAAGAUCCACUCUCCAAACUGACCAAAAACAUUCUAAACAUGAGUCUAGAACCCCAGAAAUCGGAGAGCAAAAAUCUACUCACCCCUCAAAAGCUGGAUGCGUUGCGCGACAUGUUAUCCAACCACAAGACAGUCAAGAUCAAACCAGUGAAUGUGGAGAUGAGGCAUCAUUUGACUACGAUGAGGAUGAGCUAUGAGAAGAGUUUGAGGGAAGAAAAGGCGAGGGAGCAAGCGAUAAAAGUUGAACCAGUGAAAGUGCAAGUGAAACAAGAAGUGAAGUCUGUAAUUAAGCAAGAACCUAGACCAGUGAAAGAACCUCCGAAACCAGUGUUUGCCCCCAUAGUAGUCACGCAUGCUCCACCAUCUACUAAGACUUUGUUCACUGAAGAACCAAAAAAAGAACUUCCCAGCUCUCAAACCCAACCUCAAGAGAUCAGCUUCACGAUAUCCAAAACACCAACGGCCUCUCGUAACGUGCUUAAAAACCUGCUCGAAAAUAAGCAGGUUACGGUCGAAAUGAAGAAAGAUGAAAACACUAUGGACAGCUUCAUGGGGCAGAAGAUUUGUUCCCCUUCAAAUUUCAACUUCUCAUCAGUAAUAGUCGCAACACCUACAGCAUCAUCUUUCACAACGAAACCCAUAUCAGCACUUAAUAACAUGUUAAAUCAAUUCACACCAACUGAAAAUAAAACUAUUGAGACUACUGAACCAGUCAAAGAAAAGAUGUCCAAUCUUUUCACAAUGACAACGAAAUCUAACGUGCCAGAUGUUUUGGGCAAUUCUAAUAUGAUUACGAUCAAAAGAGUUGAACCUAAAACUGAAUCGAAAGAUAAAUCGAAAGAGAAUGCCCCAGCGAAGACAGAGAAUGUAAUAUUGACAAUUCCUAAAGUGAAUAAAGAUGAUAAAAAGGAAAAUGAGCAGAAACCACUUAGUGUGCAAAAUACGAAUAAACCUUUGUUUAGUUCUGUUGCUCAACCAAUUGCAAUUACUUCUGCAUUUACUAGUAAAGCAGGUGAUUUACAAAAAUCAGACGAAGCUAAAACAAAACUGGAAACAGAAGCGCCCAAGGAAGCUCAUAAAUCUACAGCAGCGCCUGUGUCUUCAGCAUCCAUAUUUGCUACAGCCAAUGCUACUAUUACAAUACCUAAACCAAAGUCAAUGUUUGGAUCUCCUGCAACAACAUCAGCACCUACAUCAUUUCAAUCAAUAUCUACUUCUAAACCUGAUUCUUCGAGUAUAUUUGCAGCAGCAAAUACGUCUACUCCGAAAACCCAGUCAAGUUCAGUAUUUGCUGCAAAUACAACACCUUCAAGUGUCUUCGGCGCAAAUCCUUCUGUAUUUGGCACUGCAGCCACCACUGUUCCAAGUACUACUUCAGAAAAUGCAGCGAAAUCAACUGAAAGCACUUCAGUGGCAUCAACGCCAUCUACAUUUGGGACAGCGAAAUCAGUAUUCGGUUCCGCGUUUACUGCCACAACUACUGCCUCUGUUACUCCAUCCACCAAAAUACCUGAAACUUCCACGCCUAGUACCCCAAGUACACCUACAACUCAAAGCGUUGUUUCAACUGUGGCUAGCUCAUCAGUUACAACUACAUCGUCAAUAUUUGGUUCAGUAACAUCAACCACACAACCUUCAGUAUUCGGCGGUGUACCAUCAUCAACCACUGUAUUCGGUUCUGCGACACCACCCUCAGUUUUCGGUAGUGGCGUUGCAAAGUCUGCUUUCGGGCCAUUCUCAGUUAGCACUACUACAACCAGUUCAACUACUAAAACAUCUACACCUAGCACUACAUCAUCAGUAGUUGAAAGUACAACAACACCUACGUCUGUAUUUGGAACUCAAGCGUCUGUGUUUGGGAGCACAACAACAACAACAACAACAUCAUCUGUAUUUGGAACUGCCACAACUAAAGCAACAGACACUGUAACAACGACAGCGUCUGUAUUUGGAAGUACUGCCACAACUUCUGCUCCAGUACUUGGAAGUACUGCCACAACACCUACUUCAGUAUUUGGAAGUACUGCCUCAACUCCAGCCUCUGUAUUUGGAAGUACUGCUACCACAACUUCUUCAGUAUUUGGAAGUACUACCACAACUUCAGCCUCAGCAUUUGGAAGUACAACUUCAUCUGUAUUUGGCACAACAACCACACCAUCCGUAUUUGCAACUGCAGCUAAAUCUGCAUUUGGCAGUCCUACCACCACCACGCAAAGUUCAGUUUUUGCUCCCACGUCAACUCCAUCCGUAUUCUCUGGAGCAAAUCAGAAUCAGUCUGUAUUCGGAACACCGGCCACUCAAGCUUCAGUAUUUGGUUCGCCAACGACACAAGCGUCCGUAUUCGGAAGCCCUGCGACUUUUGGAAGCACAUCAACAACUCAAUCUGUAUUCGGAACACCAACUACGCAAUCUUCUGUCUUUGGUAGUCCUCAGACAACACAAUCAUCCGUAUUCGGGAGUCCUGCUUUUGGUUCACAACCUAGCCAAUCAGUAUUUGGCAGUCCGACAUCACCAUCAGUUUUCGGUGCUCAAACCCAAGCAUCUGUAUUUGGUACCCCAACGCAAUCCACCCAAGCCUCUGUCUUUGGUACUCCUACUCAAACUACUCAAGCUUCAGUCUUCGGAACUCCAAGUCAGACCACUGAAGCGUCUGUCUUUGGCACACCUACUACACAAUCCUUUGGUCAGAGCGUGUUUGGAAGCCCGGCUACUACGACGCAAAGCUCUAUGUUCGGCGGAGAGUCGCUGUUCGCUUCGGUUAAUAUUUCGACGACUAGUGCUUCGAGCGGCGGUAGCAUAUUUGGAGGAUCGACCGGCUCCCCAGGGUUCGGCAGCAGCAACACCAACGUUUUCGGCGCCAAAACCACUUUCGGUCAACCAAACCCUGCCGCCGAAGCCAUUUUCGGCGGCGGUGGGAGUGGAGGGGGAUUCGGACAAACACAACCCGCUAAUAAUUUCUGGGGGAACAAUAAUAACAGCAGCGGUGGAUUUGGGUCCAGUGGUUUUGGUCAACAAGCCACAACGCAAUCAUCGUCCGUCUUCGGGACGGGCAGCUUCAGCGCCCCCUCGCCGCAGGGACAAGCAUUCGGCUCACCCACCCCUUCCACAGGAGGAUUCGGCAGUGGUUUUGGUUCCAAAGCUGUUUUCGGCCAACCAGCCGGUUUUGGUUCCCCGACCAGCUCCGGGUUCGGAGCGCCGGCGGCAUUCGGCGCGCUCAACAAGAGCCCGGGCGGGUUCGGCGCGGCGCCGGCCUUCGGAGCCGCGCCGGCCUUCGGAGGAGCGCCCUUCGGCGGGAGCUCGCCCGGUGGAAGUGUGUUUGGAGGCGCUGCACCCGCUACAGGAUUCGGCUCGCCAACCCAAUCCAACGCCACGUUCGAGAGCCUAGCCACGCAGAACACGCUGACGUUUGGAAACUUGGCUCAACAAACCGCGCCCGCGCAGCCCGCGCCCAGUUUCAAUACGUCACCAUCGUUCACGGGGUGGCGCGGCUGAUGACAAAUGCACAGAGGUCGAACUGUGCGGUUAAAACAACUCUUGUAACAUCUCAGACAAAUGUGGACGUGAUUCUUAUUAUUUGUAUCUAUGGUUAAAAAUGCGUACAGAACGAGCUAACAUAAAGUGUCAUUCUAUGGAACUUGAAAACUAUGUAAACAAAAGUCACUAGUAAAUUCAUCAUUCAGAGACAAUUUCAAUAUGGCGGUUUGUUUACAUAGUUAGCAAGUUACAUAUAAUGACACUUUACUUAUUAAGUUAUUACAGAUGUAGUGCAUAAUUAUUUUUACGGAAACGUACGAACGUGUCUUGCUAUUUCGGUCAGUCUCGGUACAAAAAGUACUGAGGUUGACUGAAGUAGCAUGACAAAUACGAACGUUUCUGAGAAAGUACGAUGGAAACAAUUAAUAUGCACUACAUAUGUACGCGUAGGUACAAGUAGCCACGUAUUGAACUUAAAGAAUUCUUUCGCUCGGUGUGGACGCAUUAUAAUGUAAAAGUAAACACAAAUUGUAAUCAAGAUAUGAUGUUGAACAGUGAAAUUGUAAACUUAUUUAUAAAUAUCUCUAAAUGUAAUGUGUAUGUAGGAUUAUUUUUAAUAAACGUAUUGGCUAA